AAACGUAAUGUCGUUCGCGGUUGCGCCAACUCGGAUAGGAUGUUGCCACUAGCAGCAUUGAUGCAUAGGCUUUUUCAGAAAAAAAGAAUAUAUUUAUUGAGGAUCCGGCACUGUUGGACGAAUAACAACAACGCAUUUUGCAACCCUUGAUUGGAAGGAACACAACGUUGCGAGAAUUUUACAUUUAGUGCAUUCUGACUGUUGACAAUGCAAAGUGGAAGCGAGCGGGUUUGCAUAAUUUUCAAGCGUCUUCUAAUUUCAGCUAGUAGGAGCAGUAGGAGCAAAAACAAGAACCAUGGCUAGGCCUCGCAGAUGCAUUCAGUCGUUCAGCAACCUGACAACAAUACAGUUUAGAAUAGGCACAAAGUUGAGGUUUGUGAGAAACUCGUAACAUUCGUCAUAUUCUUGCCAGCAGUUAGCAAGCAAACAUUGCUUAAUGGAUGGUGUUGCUAAUUAACGUUAGCUAGCUACAGUUGACUAAAUAGGUAACUAGCUAUCAGUCUAGUGUGUGUGCCUGUAUCACAUUCAGAUAAAGCAGCUAGCUAUCGGUUGCCAACUUGCAUACGAGGUCGCUACGUACGGCUAGUUAACUGUUAACCUUGGCUGAUUCCGUUAUUCUCCCUCCAAAAUACAGUAAUAGGCAGAGAAAGGCGAUUUUUAGUAAAGCGUGUGUGUGGGGGGGGGUCGCCUGUCACUGCCAGUGGGACUGGGCGUGGAACAACACUACUAGCAAGCUACAGUAGCUGGUUCCAUAGGAUUAUUUGCAAGAAGUCGUCGACUGCUGGGUGAAUGUGGGACAAAAUGGAGACGCCAACGAUUGUGUACGAUUUGGAUACCUCUGGGGGUUUAAUGGAGCAAAUUCAAACACUGCUCGCACCACCCAAGUCAGAGGAUGGCGAAAAAAGGAGUCGGAGGAGUGAAAGGGACGUUCGGAGAAAGAGCAGGGCCACCAACCACGAUACCUGUGAUAGUUGUCAUGAGGGAGGGGACCUUCUGUGUUGUGACCAUUGUCCAGCCGCCUUCCAUCUACAAUGCUGUAACCCACCAUUGAGUGAAGAAAUGCUGCCCCCUGGUGACUGGAUGUGUCAUCGCUGCAAUGUUCGUACAAAGAAGCGGGAGCAGAAGGCUGAGAGGACAAAUGGCCUGCUGGAGAGGGAGAGGCUCUUCUCCAAGUGCUCCUCCCCUGCAGCUGAACUGGAGCGGGGCACCACCACUAUUACCACCACCAUGCUGCGUCUGGACAGGCUGCCCCCCGGGGUCGGAGCAGCUGGACCCGGCCUGCGGGUGGCUGCCGUGCAUCUCGAGCGUCUGGAUCGCCUUGAGCGGCGGGUCAGCAGCCGCCCUGGCACGCCCACUUCCAACACCUCUUCCACGGACACGGACACCCCCUCGGAGGAGCAGAACGAGGUAGACAAGGAGAUGGCCAAGGCAGAGGAGGUGGAGGUCCAGGGCUCAGAAUCUGAGCAAGCCACCACCACCCCUACCUCCACACCACGGCUCCUCAAGAGGCCCUUCCAGCUGCUCAUCGCCGCCGCCAUGGAGCAGAACCCCUCGCAGUUCCAGCUGCCCAACGAACUCACCUGCACCACAGCACUGCCAGGCAGCAGUAAACGGAGGAGGAAAGAGGAGCUGAUCAUGAAGACUUUCAGAAGGCCACAGCAUGAGAUGGACCCCAACGGCCUCGUUCCUCUGCCAGUCAGGGUGUGCUUCUCCUGCACCAGGAGCUGCAGAAUGGCGCCCCUGGUUCAGUGUGACUAUUGCCCCCUGCUCUUCCACAUGGACUGCCUGGACCCCCCACUUACUGCCAUGCCCACAGGCAGGUGGAUGUGCCCCAACCAUAUGGAGCACUUGGUGCUGAACCAGAGGAGCCUGUCCCUUACCAGCCGCUGCCAGCUCUUAGACCAGUUCCAGGAUAGGAUAUCCCAGCACGCUGUCAAGGUGGGCUUCCUGCGACGGGUCCACCGACAGAAUCCCCCUGUCCGCAGUGGUGUCCACCACAAGACGAAGGUGCUCAAGGUGCCCGACGCUAUUAAGUCCCAGUACAAGAACCCCCCGGCCAUUUUGGCUCCUGCAGGGGUGCGUAACGGGGAGCUGAUCUGUAAUGGUGUCCCAUCCCAGGACUGCUCCCCUCAGCAUUUUACCAGCCAAGCGGAGCAACAGGAGUGGCUUCGAGAUGUCAUCUCGCUGCAGUGCAGCAUCAUGCGACAUUUAUCUGGCAAGCAGAAGUCCUCGUCAGACUGGCACUCUGAACAGACAAACAGGGAAAAGAAAGACAUUAAGCUCUGUGUGGCCCUAGAGGAGAACAGCUCUCUGCCCCUUGCAGAAAGGACAGCUUCAGCCCUGCCUGCCCCCUGCUCUAAGCCCUGCAGUACAUCUGAUGGCCCACAGGGGGCCCAGGUAUUGAAUUGUCUCUCGCAAGGCCAGGAGAGCUGCAGCUGCCCGGUGAGGCCAUGUCAGAACUGUCUGAAGUGCAGGAAACCCAACGGGCCCCUGGCUGAGCAGCCUGUGCAAGCCAACGGGCCAGUAGUGUGUAACGCUGCCUCUGACACCUGCAAACAGACAGAGCUCCAGCUGCACAGACUCACCUCCCCAGCCCCACUCCCAACCUCUGCUCUGGGGAUGCCAAACCACCUGAGAGGAGGGGUGGAGGUUAAAACUGAGGUCAGCCACCUAGAGUCUUGCACCCAGAAAGGUUGUCCACCUUCUUUGAUGUGUGCAGCCACAGGGCAGGACAUAAAGAGCCAGGCCCACGGGACUCCUUCAGGCAUGGCAGGGACUCAGGCCAACCCUCUGAGCUGCUGCAGUGAGCUGAAGCUCUGCCCCAGCCCCACCCCAGGUGUCCAUGUCUUCACCCCACCCAGAGCCGUCAAAGACUCCAGCACAGCAAGACAGCCGACCACCACACCUCCCGGUUUCUCCCCAGGGACAGAUCUUAAGGGCAGCUCCAUGUUCCCCAGCUCUCUCUUCCCCUUAAUAGCAGACCGGUCUGGUGGCAUGAAGGCUGUGAUGGAAGCGGAUGGAGAGAUCGAACUGAGUAAACUGGAUGAGGAGUUGGUGAAACUCCUGGCCUGGCAGAGGAUACAGCAGUUGUUCCCCCACAAAGCAACCCCAGUCCCCCAAGGCAGCGGUCUAGCUGCUUCCUCUCCUCCCACCGUCGCCCUCAAACCUCAAUCUCCCGCGCCGUGCACAGAGGGUAAGCCCCCAGUCCCCCAAGGCAGCGGUCUAGCUGCUUCCUCUCCUCCCACUCCCGCGCCGUGCACAGAGGAAGAACAGAAGGUGCAGGCGAGAGCAACGUUCUAUCCACUCAUGGGGAAGGGAGGAGCCAUCAACAUGUCUUAUAGGACCCUGUACAUAGGAGCUGGUGCUGACAUGGACGUGUGCCUUACAAACUAUGGUCAUUGUAAUUAUGUAUCUGGAAAACACGCCUGCAUCUUUUACGACGGGAACACCAAACACUACGAGCUGCUCAACUACAGUGAGCAUGGGACCACGGUGGACAACGUGCUCUACUCCUGUGACUUCUCUGAGAAGACUUUGCCCAGCCCGGCCAGUGGCCUGGUGUCCAAAGUGCAGGGCAUUGUCCGCCGCUGUAAGAUGAGGGAGCAGCAGCAGGAGGAGGGGACCGAGGCUGGGCACGGGACUGUUAUGAUGCCAUUGGAGGGAGUGAUGAGCUGCCAGCCCCAGGGAGGACCCAGGCUCUCCUGCAACUGCAAAGCCAGCAGUUCCAGCCUGAUCGGUGGCAGCGGGGCUGGCUGGGAGGGCACAGCGCUGCUCCACCAUGGCAGCUACAUCAAACUGGGCUGCAUGCAGUUUGUCUUCAGCAUUGUUGAGUUCGCCAGUAAGCAGCCUAAAGAAGAGGGAUCCACUGGCACUGCCAAUACCACCCCUGCCAAUACCACCCCCAACCAAGAGGGGGCAGACAAACAGACUAUCAAAUUCCACCAUUUGCAACUCUGUGCCAAAGCCCAAACUCUCCCUUUCUCAUCUAUUUCCAGUCAAACCUAAGGGGAGCAGGUUGUUACACAGGAAAAAUAUCUAUUUUAAUUUAUUUUGUUUAUACUUUUGCAUGAAAUGAAGUAUCUCAAAUCUGUUUAUUUAGAUUGACUUACUGAAGAGUAUUUGUCACGUAUGUUUGCCAGUCUAGUUAUACAUGUAUAUACAGUACCAGUUAAAAGUUUGGACACCUCAUUACAGGGUUUUUCUUUAUUUGUACUAUUUUCUACAUUGUAAAGUAAUAGUGAAGACAUCAAAACUAUGAAAUAACACAUGGAAUCAUGUAGUAACCAAAACAAAUUAUUCAAAGUAGCCAUCCUUUGCCUUGAUGACAGCUUUGCACACUCUUGGCAUUCUUAAUUAAAAAUUAAUUUGUAAAAUUUCUUUCCAUCUCAAUGCGUUUGAGCCAAUCAGUUGUGUUGUAACAGGGUAAAGCGGGUAUACAGAAGUCAGCCCUAUUUGGUAAAAGACCAAGUCCAUAUUAUGGCAAGAACAGCUAAAAUAAGCAAAGAGAAAUGACAGUCCAUCAUUACUUUAAGACAUGAAGGUCAGUCAAUCCUGAACAUUUCAAGA